UUCCCUCAUUCCGCCUUGUGUCUGUGACUUCCCAUUUCAGCCAUCCCAGCCUGUGCGUCUCUCUCUCUUUUUAAGAGUCUCUUCCUGCAACGAUGCAAACCUCCCAGCAGCAGUCGACCUACUCGGUGCGUACCUCUACCUCCGGGAGAGGUCCCGUCAUUUGCCCUCCGGCCACCAUCUACAAAGCUCCCACCAUCCAUGGCGGGGCCGGCAGGGCCCGUGUCAGCAUCUCAUCCAGCAUGCGCAGUGGGCUGGGAUCUGGAAUGGGAAUGGGAAUGGGAAUGGGCCAAGGAGCUGGGGGCUUCUCCAGCAGCGUCCAGGUGAGCAGCAGCGGGGGCAACGCCAACAUCAUGGGCAAUGAGAAGUUCGCCAUGCAGAACCUCAAUGACCGCUUGGCCAACUACCUGGACACGGUCAGGAGCCUGGAGCAGGCCAACCAAAAGCUGGAGAUUAAGAUCAAGGAGGCCCUGGCCAAGAGCGGACCCGACUUCAGAGACUACAGCAAGUACCAGGCUAUCCUGGAUGACUUGAGGAGGAAGGUGUUUGAUGCCACCAUGGACAAUGCCCGCCUGGUCCUCAACAUCGACAACGCUCGCCUGGCAGCUGACGACUUCAGAGUGAAAUUUGAGUCAGAGUUGGCGAUCCGCCAAUCCGUGGAAGCCGAUAUUGUUGGUUUGAGGAAGGUGAUUGACGACACCAACAUGAGCCGCAUGAACCUUGAAAGUGAAAUCGAAACCCUGAAGGAGGAGCUGAUCUAUCUGAAGAAGAACCACGAUAAUGAAGUAUUGCUGCUUCGCAACCAGAUCGCUCAGUCAGGAGUCCAUGUAGAUGUGGAUGCUCCUAAAGGACAGGACCUCGCCCAGAUUAUGGCAGAGAUAAGGGCUAAGUAUGAGAAGAUGGCGCAGAAGAAUCAGGAGGAGCUCAAAGCAUGGCAUGAAUCUCAGAUGACAGAAGUGCAGACCCAGGUGACCGUAAACACAGAGGCCCUUAAGGGUGCCCAAACAGAACUGAACGACCUGCGCAGACAGCUUCAAACCCUGGAAAUCGAGCUGGAAUCCCAGAGGAGUUUGAAAUUAUCCCUGGAAGGCACUCUGAGGGACACAGAGAUACGCUACAACAUGGAGAUCGAGUCCCUGAACGCCGUCAUUCUGGGCUUGGAGGCUGAGCUCACGCAGCUUCGUAACAACAUCCAGCUUCAGACCCAGGACUACGAGUCUCUGCUCAACAUGAAGAUGAAGCUGGAGGCCGAGAUUGCGACUUACAGACGACUGCUGGACGGCGGGGACUUCAAGCUCCAGGAUGCUUUGGAGGACCAGAAAACAGUGAAGACCAAAGUGAUGACAGUGACACAGACCCUGGUAGACGGAAAGGUGGUCUCCUCCAGCACAGAGACCAAGAACCUUUGAAGACCUUAAACAUUCGCAGCAUAAAUACUAUUUGGCAUAAAGCUGACCUUUUGGUCCAAUUGUGGCUUCUUAGUUAAACAGCAACUAACCAUUAGACUCUAAAACCAGUAAUUAGCUUGAUCGCUUACGUAAACGACUUCUCCACAGGCUGACUGAAUGGAAAAACUGGACCAGAAGAAAACUAACUAAGAUCUGUUAUUUAUUUCAUCAAAGAUGUUCUGCUAUUUAUGUUUGCGUGCUGGCCUGCAGAUGUCUGCUAUCCUCCAAGAAGCCAGCUGAUGGAUGUUUUAGAACAUUUUCACGCAAAAGGGCCAUUUUACUGUAAACCAUCACCUCGGUUUUCUUUCUGUCCAGUUGUGUCUGUCUUUCUGUCCUGGUGUGGGUUCCUACAUAUCAAUAAAGUUCAUUCCAGGAA